AUGACUCCUCAUUGGCUUCCCACUAGGCUUGUCGAUGUCGGGCUUUCAGGAGACGCAGAAUGGAAACUGUGCAUAACAUCGGAAGAUCUUGCGUCCCAGCCGCCAGCUCCUCGCUACAUGACAUUGAGCUACCGCUGGGGCGUAGGACAGCAGCUUUUGCUUCUGGGUUCAACCUUGAAUACCUUUCGCCGCGGCGGAAGCCUCAUCUCAGAGCUACCCAAGACGUUCCAAGACCUGGUUGCCGUUGCGCGGCGAUUCGGCGUUCGUUACCUAUGGAUAGAUUGCCUAUGCAUCAUUCAGGACUCUACAGAUGACUGGGAGGCCGAGGCGCCGAUGAUGAGGCAGGUCUACGCCAACUCUGCCUGCAACGUCGCAGCAUCCGCCUCUAAUGACCCUGACGGCGGCCUCUUCCGUGCCCGCGAGCCUAGAGACGAUCAUGAACCGGGUAUUAGGCUAAGUGAAGAGCCGCACUGCCGCAACAGCAACCGGUUAGGGGACGAAACACUGAGCUUGUGGCAAGAUGUAAUGAGCCAUUAUGGCUACAGGCAGUUCACGAGGCCUAGCGACAAGCUCUACGCUAUAUCGGGCGUCGCGAAGCUUUUCCAGGAAGUUACUGGCCAAGAGUAUCUGGCCGGCCUAUGGAGAUCCCGGAUUCUCGAGCAGCUCGACUGGUACGUCGAGGAGCCGACAGCUGCGUCGGCCACUUACCGUGCCCCCUCGUGGUCUUGGGCCUCAAUCGACGGCGAAGUAUCGAACUUUACCUGGGACCCGGCUCAUCAGCUGCUUGUUGAGCUUUUGGAUGCCGACGUGGCGACAAAAGGCGCGGACCCAACGGUCAACGUCACCGGUGGUUUCUUGAAAUUGAACGGCACCGUCAUUGCAGGCUCUUACCAGCGACAUCCGUUGUCAUACGAACAGCUCCAUGUUAAACCACGGAACGAGCAAUUCGAGCCGAUGACUGUUUUGUCGCCCUUGCCUGAUACCUCGGGGCAUCUUGUCGAAGACACCGGAGAGCUGUACUUGUUGCCAAUCAAGUGGCGGAAAACGAGUGACAUGCAACUCUUGGGCGAAGACCGCGAUUUCUAUUCUAUCAAGUGUCUGCUUUUGGCCCCCGUGAGCAUACCGGACAACAUCUACAAGAGAAUCGGCUGUUUUGAGUCUCCGGAGGAGGGUCUAUUACAAGCGUUAAAAUCGGACACUAUAGAGCGAACGGCAGCCGCCGAGGAGACACUGACACCUCCCGACAAUCUUGAGAAGAACCAGGCCAUUGUGCGCGUCAUCAAGGCCGAGGGUAACAACCUGUACAACUGCGAAUUGCCCAACAAGAAGGAUCUGGUUUUCGAGCUGGCGCAGCGCUUCCGCAACACCAUCUGGAUCAAGCGAGGCGGAUAUGUUCUGGCGGAGAGAUACGACGAGCCGGAUGGUCGGGUAAUGGGCGAGAUUAUCAACGUCGUCCGCGACGAGAAGGCCUGGCGCAAGCAGCCUUACUGGCCGAAGGAAUUCGCAAAGAACAGAUACGAGGAAGACGAAGACGAAAGCGACUCCAACGUCGGCAAGAUGCCGCCGUCCGACUCGGAAGACGAGUAUUGA